GCCCGCCGUCUGCAGCGCUGGCUGGCUCGCGGGCUGGCUGGCUCGCUCGCAGGGAAGAUGGUGGCGAGCGCCCGGGUGCAGAAGCUGGCCCGCCGCUACAGGCUGGCGAUCGCCACCGCGCUGGCCAUCCUGCUCAUCCAGGGCCUGGUGGUGUGGAGCUUCAGCAGCCUGGAGGAGGACGAGCACGGCGAGGGACGGCAAAAAAAGGCCAGGCUGCCCGAAAACAGCGAAGGCUCCAAAGAUUCGGACAGCUCAGCCGGUCGCCGGGGGAGCGCGAGCCGGAAGCAUGGGCGGUGGAAGGGCCGCCCGGAAAGCCCUGGGGUGCUGGUGGCCAAGGUGGUGAGAGCCGUCACCGCAAAACACAAACCUGGGCGAAGGCUCCCGGCAGCCCGGGACGACUCGAGCAGGAGGAACCGGACGGAGCUGCGUGGGGAUGCCCAGCUGGCCGUCUUCCAGCACGGCGACACGGGCAGCGUGGAGGGGGCUCCCCAGCCCACCGAGAACAGCUUCGCCCCCAAGUGUGAGAUCACGGGCAAAGACGCCCUCUCAGCGCUAGCGAGAGCCAGCACCAAGCAGUGCCAGCAGGAGAUCGCCAACGUGGUGUGCCUGCACCAGGCAGGGAAUCUGAUGCCCCGCUCUGUGCCCCGGCACUGCCAGCUGUCAGGGAAAGUCAGCCCUGUGAUCCAGUGGGACGAGAGCAAGACGCACCAGGCCUCCGUGAGCAAGCCGGUGCGGAUCGCGUACAUGCUGGUCGUUCACGGGAGGGCCAUCCGCCAGCUGAAGCGGCUCAUCAAGGCUGUGUACCACCAGCAGCACUUCUUCUACAUCCACGUCGACAAGCGCUCCAGCUACCUGCACCGCGAGGCCCUGGAGCUGGCCCAGCACUACCCCAACAUCCGGGUCACGCCCUGGCGCAUGGUCACCAUCUGGGGCGGCGCCAGCUUGCUGAAGAUGUAUCUGCGCAGCAUGAAGGACCUGCUGGAGAUCACGGACUGGCCCUGGGACUAUUUCAUCAACCUGAGCGCCACUGACUACCCGACCAGGACCAAUGAGGAACUGGUGAUGUUCCUGUCCAAAUACCGAGAUAAGAACUUCCUGAAGUCUCACGGCCGAGACAACGCCAGGUUCAUUAAGAAGCAGGGCCUGGACCGCCUCUUCCACGAGUGCGACUCCCACAUGUGGCGGCUGGGCGAGCGGCAGAUCCCGGAGGGCAUCGUGGUGGACGGCGGCUCGGACUGGUUCGCGCUGACGCGGCGCUUUGUGGAGUACGUGGUCUACACGGAGGACCAGCUGGUGUCCCAGCUGCGGCAGUUCUACACCUACACGCUUCUGCCAGCCGAGUCCUUUUUCCACACCAUCCUGGAGAACAGCCAUGCCUGCGAGACUCUCGUCGACAACAACCUCCGGGUGACAAACUGGAACCGCAAGCUGGGCUGUAAGUGCCAAUAUAAACACAUAGUCGACUGGUGUGGGUGCUCCCCAAAUGACUUCAAACCCCAGGACUUCCUGCGGCUACAGCAACUCUCCAGACCCACGUUCUUUGCCAGGAAGUUUGAGUCGACGGUGAAUCAGGAAGUUCUAGAGAUCCUGGACUCUCACCUCUACGGUAACUACCCGCCCAACACGCCAGGCCUCAAGGCCUAUUGGGAGAACGUCUAUGACCGUGUGGAUGGGCUGAGCGGGCUCAGUGAUCUCAUCCUGACUGUGUACACAUCCUUCUCCAGGCUAGGGCUGCAGAAAGUGACCUCAUCCCAGACGCAGAAGGGAGAGAAACUCUGCAGAUUUGAGCCCCAUGGCUCCCCAGCCAGCGUGCACCUGUAUUUCUACGACGACCGUUUCCAGGGUUACUUGGUGAUUCAGGAGGUGCAGAACUCUGGGACGGGGCAGGUGGAGUCUCUGGAGAUGUGGAUGAUGCCGCGCGGGGCUCUGAAGCUGGCAGGUCACGGAGGACAAACUAACCGGCUACAGAACCUGGAGGUGGGCACGGAGUGGGAUCCCAAGGAGAGGAUCUUCCGGAAUUUCGGGGGCCUGAUUGGGCCUUUCGACGAGCCAGUGGCCAUGCAGAGAUGGUCCCGGGGGCCUAACCUCACCGCCACCGUGGUUUGGAUCGACCCCACCUACGUCAUCGCCACGUCCUACGACAUCACCGUGGAGGCGGAAGCGGAGUUCACGCAGUACAAGCCCCCUCUCAACCGGCCCCUGCGCCCCGGUGUCUGGACCGUCCGCCUCCUCCAGUUCUGGGAGCCCCUCGGAGAGAACCAGUUCCUGGUGGUGCCACAGACCUUCAGCCACAGCCAGCCUGUCGGGAAAGAUGACAGCAGCUGGUUACAUGGGGGUCCCCCCCGCAAUGAGUAUAUGGAACAAAGCUUCCAGGGGCUGGGUGGGAUUUUGAACCUGCCGCGCUCAGAUGAGGUGGAGAAGGAGGCCCUGCGGAACGCGCAGCUGACGGGCAAGGCCCUGGAGGACUGGACGGACAGCAGCAUCGGCAGCUUCUGGUCGGUGGCGGAUCUCUGCGUGAGCAGCCCCUCCAGCUGCUCCUCCCUGGACAUGUGCAGCAAAACCUCCUGGAGUUCGCUUUCCCCAGACCCCAAAUCCGAACUGGGGGCCAUCAAACCUGACGGGCGACUGAGGUAGCAGGGGCCACCUGGGGCAGAUAAAACGGAACAAGGGAGCGUCCCCCGCGGCGAACGUGUGGGGGGGGGAGCGCACGUGCCCCAGGGGGGAUUCUCUUGUCUGUCAUCCUGUGAAAUGGCACCUUAUUCACUUGAAGAGCGAGAGGAACCUUCAGGUGGUGGAAAAACUUUCCCGUUUUGUUUUGUGGGGAGGUGCUGGAACAGGAGUCCCACCCCACCUCUCCCAGGAAUGGGCACUGAGUGGCCGGAGAGACCAUGCGGAAGUGCCCGUCAUCAGGGCACACAGAGGACACUGGCAGAUGGGAGGAGCGGCGUAUUUAUUGAAUCCGUGCAGGUGUGACUCAGGUGUUGGGGGGGAGGGGGGAACCCAGCUGAUCUGCCAGUUCUGGGUUACCCCCGGCGCACCCCCUGCCCUGCCUCUCCCCGUCCAUGGCUGAAUCUCUGCGGGAUCAGGACUCCUGCUGCUGAUCUUCCACAUUCCUGAGCGAUUGCUGGCAGAGGACUGUGGGGACAAGGGUCUGUGGGGAGCACCAGAGGCAGGGGCUGUCCUGCCAGUGUCCUUGGAGAAGCUGCUGCUGGCUUGAUGCCUGCAUCUCAUCCCCCUCCACCCUAUCCCCUUAGUUUGUAUUUUUAUAAAUAUAUAGAUAAAUAUAUAUGAAGCAAAGUGCAAUAGA